AUGUCGAUUGAUAUGACUUCCAAUUUUUUUCGCCUUCUUAUGCACUUUCGUCGACAUGAUUUGGUAAGUACUACACUAUUUAUAAUACUAUUCAUUUCAAUUUUUAACGCACAGUGCAAUUUUUUACAUUUUUUCGAUUUUGCACGGUGCGGUCAGGAUAACUUUGAGAGCGCACAGUGCAAAAAUAAAAGAGACAUUUGCACGGUGCGGUCGCUAAAAAGAUGGUCGUAAGAUGCGUACUAGUCGUUCCAGAAAGUGCGUGCACUUUUUUCCGCCUUUUUUGCACCGCACAGUGCAAGUUUUCGUGUUCCCCGCGCGACGCGAUCCUUUUCGAAACAUUUUGCACUGUGCAAUUUCCCCAAAGUUCGCGCCGCCUCCGUUGAGAAAAGCCUGCGUCGCUGCGACAUUGCAAUUGCACGGUGCAAAAGGUCAAAUGCACCCCGCAAGAAGGGAAUUUUGUGCACAGUGCGGCCCACGACAAAAAGUGCACGCACUUUCUGGAACGACUAGUAGUGACGCAGUCGGGAAGUACGGAAAAAUGGCACAGUGCAAAAAAUGUAAAAUUUUUAUAUUGCACAGUGCAAAAUCACGGUUCAAACAUUGCACGGUGCAAAAAAACACAAUUUUUAUACUGCACAGUGCACAUUUUCCCAAGUUUCAAAAAUUGCACAGUGCAAAAAUUUUGUUUAAAAAUUGCACAGUGCAAAAACAUUUCUUAAUAAAAAAGACUGCACCGUGCAAAAAUGAGGCUUCAAUUUUUAUAUUGCACAGUGCAAAAUCAUGGUUCAAAUAUUGCACUGUGCAAAAAACACAAUUUUUAUACUGCACAGUGCAAAUUUUCCCGAGUUUCAAAUCGCACAGUGCAAAAUUUUGUUUAAAAUUUGCACAGUGCAAAAAUGAAGUUGUAAAAAUUGCACCGUGCAAAAAAAUUUCUUAAUAAAAAAGACUGCACCGUGCAAAAAUGAGGCUUCAAUUUUUAUAUUGCACAGUGCAAAAUCUUGGUUCAAACACUGCACCGUGCAAAAAACACAAUUUUUAUACCGCACAGUGCAAAUUUUCCCAAGUUUCAAAAAUUGCACAGUGCAAAACUUAUUAAUAAAAAAUACUGCACAGUGCAAAAAAAUUCUAUAUUCUUACGUUGCACAGUGCAAAAAACAAUUUUCAAAAAUUGCACUGUGCACUCGUAUUUUUCAAAAUUUUUACCGCAUUUUUUGCACCGCACCUUUCUUUUCCCAUCCGCAUCUCGUCUAUAAUAUUUAUGGACUCGGAAUGUCAUAUUCGAAAACGGUUUCGACACAUUUCCCGUCCGAUUUUUAGUGGUUUCGCCCCGAAGCGGCUUUUUUGUUUUUGCAAGCGCCUGAGGGCCGUUAUGAAUUCCUGAAACCACUCGGAAAUUCGGUGUUCAAAUUUUGUGGACUGGAAAAUCUCUCUUUCAAUGGAAUUAUUGGAAAAUUUUUGGGUUCUUUUUUGAGAUUUUUAAGGUGUUUUUUGGCCGAAAAUGAACUGAAAAUAAGGGUAAAAUACGAGGGAAAUAGAGAAAGUGUUGUAAAAAAUUUUGUGAGCCUUUUUUUAAAUAUUCUUAGCGACUAUUUCGACAAAAUUUUACAGUUUUUUUGAAAACUUUUUGCUUUUUAAGCCAUUUUUUACCUUAUUUUAGCCAAAUUUUCAUUUUAUUUUACCUGUUUAUAGUCUAAUAUUCCUUCCACUACCCUUCUAUGGUCUCCUUGACAACCUCACUGGCUUAAAUUCCCCUUCUAUGUUGCAUAAAUUAUCCAUUUCUUUCAAAAAACUGAGCGAAAAUCCUCGAUUAUUCACACCUUUUUUCACCUUCGAAAAAGCGACCCCCUUAGGGCAGAGGCCGAAAAUUUUUCGCACAGAGGUCGCUCUUUGUACGAACCGUCUUUUUACAAUAUUUUCUCUGGCUUUUCGGACGGAAAAAGCGUGAUUUUCGCGGCGUUUGAUCUGCUUUGGAGGUCACCGAAAUAGCACGGAAAAGGAGAGGGUUUAGAGGGGAAAAGAGGCGAAUUUGUUUGAGAAAAAGUUUCGGAAAGGUUGCGGGAUAGAUUUAUUAGGAAGAUAGAUUAAUUUACAACAAAUUUUCGAGGGGUUUUGGUCAGAAAUAUAUUGUUUUUAACGAAUUUUUUGAUAAAUUUUCGGUUUUUAUCGAAUUUUAAGGUGUUUGGUUGUAAAAUACGCUGAUUUUGAAACUUGAGUGGUUCUUAAAUUGAACGAAAAGGAAUUCUGAGGGCUAAUUAUUCCGAAUUAAACUUUCAUUUUAAGAAAAAAUCUCAUUUUUUGCAAAAUUUUUCAUUAAACUGAAAUUUUCAAAAAAUUUUUUCCUCGAAAAAACAAGAUUUUUGCAAUUUCUUAUCGUCUAACUGGUCUUAAAAUUGACAUUUUGAAGCUUAUUUUUGCCAUAUUUGAUAUAAAUUUUAUCAAAAAUCCCAGUUUUCAUUAAUAUUCUAAACUUUAUUUUUCCAAAUUUUCCCUCAAAAAACGCAAUUUCCCUCUUCCAGGUAGCCUUCAACAAGGACCAUGAGCGACUUUUCGCCUUGGCCAAGAAGUCCAACGACCAUGCCGAGGUCACUUCACACUAUUAUUCGGUCAUGUCAGCUGUAAUUGACGAGUAUUUCAAUGGGAAUUUUCAUUUUGUCCCACCCUCGAAAAGAGGCCAAUCUUUGGAGGAGGCGUUGAACUCGCUGCAUCGACGAAUUGCCGAGGAGUUGGAGUUGAAAGAGGGAAUGACAUGUGUGGAUAUUGGAUGCGGAAUUGGAACUGUAAGCGUGGUUUUUGUAUAGUAAUUAAAUUGGGAAUUUCUAAGUGCGGCACUGGGAUCUUGUUGAAAUUUUGAAACGAAAUUGAAACCUGGCUCAGCUUACAAGGGAAGUACUUGAAGUGCGACGCUCAGAUUUUGAUAAAAAUUGGCCUAGAUGGAGAUUGGAAUUUUCUUAUUCGAUUGCGAGCAUCCUAGCUCGCGCUUUGCAGAAACCGCCGAGAAAGAAGGGCCGGAAUAUCGAAAAAAAUCUUCAAAUGCCGACGAAUUUCCCUGCAAAUUCUCUUGAUCUUGGCAUUCCGUUCCAGGAGAAAAAUAUUUUUUCUCCCAAGAAAUUUUUUCUUGAUAAUAUUCAAGACUAUUUUGUUGCUUUUAUGUGGAAUAUUCUGUGUUAUUUUCACUUUUUUACACUCUGGACAUGAUUCUAGGGCUAUUAAUUGGAUUGUCGCCAUCCGAGGGGUGAAAUGUUUCGUCCUUUGACGAAUUUAUACAGUUUUUCCUCUGCAGAUGGGCAAACCACUCUAAUAGUUGCUUUAAAGCUGUUUAGGAGAGAUGCAAACGUUCUAUGGUCGUGUAGGAACGUAGUCAUAAGGUAAGUGUUACAAGAAUUUUAUUUUUUUCACAAUUUUUCAGUUUAUGCCAUUUCAGAAAACAAAGUAAAGGUCCCAAGGAGUUCCGUCAGUGUUCCGAUGGUGUACAUUCGCUCUUGUUGUUGUUCAGAAUUUGCUCACUGAAAAAUAAUAAAGUUUUUGUAACACUUACUUUAAGAUUAUGUUCAUACACGACCGUAGAACGUUUGCAUGUCUCCUAAACAACUUUAAAGCAACCAUUAGAGUUGGUUUGCCCAUCUGCAGAGGAAAAACUGCAUAAAUUCGUCAAAGGACGUAACAUUUCACCCCUCGGAUGGCGACAAUCCAAUUAAUAGCGCUAGAAUCAUGUCCAGAGUGUAAAAAAGUGAAAAUAACAGAAUAUUCCACAUAAAAGCAACAGAAUAGUCUUGAAUAUUAUCAAGAAAAAAUUUCUCGCGAGAAAAAAUAUUUUUCUCCUGGAACGGAAUGCCAAGAUCAAGAGAAUUUGCAGGGAAAUUCGCCGGCAUUUGAAGAUUUUUUUCGAUGUUCCGGCCCUUCUUUCUUAGCGGUUUCUGCAAAGCGCGAGCUAGAAUGCUCGCAAUCGAAUAAGAAAAUUCCAAUCUCCAUCUAUGCCAAUUUUUAUCAAAAUCUGAGCGUCGCACUUCAAGUCUUCCCUUGUUAGAUUUACAGAGGAAGUACUCCAAGUGAGACGCUCAGAUUUUCUUUAAAUUUUGCACACAUGUCGGGUAUGGACUAAGUAUAAAUUACUGAAAGUUUUAGCUCGCGCUUUGCGGCGGCCGCCGCGAUAUCGAACGAAUUUUGCCGCCGAGAGAGCACGCUAAACAUAGAGAGCGGUCAAAGAGAAACACGCUUUUUGGCCAUAACUUUGGCAGUUUCGUGUAGGCAUGGCUCCGGGCCGGGCUUUGCAAAAUUUUUCGGCCCGGGCCGGGCCGACUAAUUUUUCGGCCCGACUCCGGGCUUCGAUUUUUAGGCCCGGCCCGGCCCGGGCCGGCCCGGUUUUUGUGAAAUCUAAGUUUUGCCCGGAAAAAAAGGAAAAAAUAUGCUUUUUCGAUAGAAUUUUUCAUUUUUUCGAACACACUGCUGAUAGCGAACGUAAAGUGACCUUAUGUACCUAGGUUUUGCUAAAUUUUUCUUUACAUUUUGCGAAAAUUUGCCAUAAUGUUCCUUUCAUUUCCCGCUUUCUUUCUUUCCAACCUAGUGUAAAAAUUUUCCGGGCCGAACCGGGCCUGGCCGGGCCGGGCUGGCCCGGUUUGCAGCCAUGCUUAGUUUCGUGCGGAAAAAUUUGAUUUUUUGUAGAAACAUUAUCCUUUACGGUUGAAAUAGGCAUGAAACUUUUUGCGCCGAAAUUCGGCAAAAAGUCCUAAAUUUUGGCUGACUUUCGAUCUAAAAAAUCUCGGUUGUUUCUGCAAAGCGCGAGCUAGGAUUCUCGCAUAUAUCUUAGAAAAAAUUAUUCUAAAUUUGUGCCAAGUUUCAUCAAAAUCCGAGCGUCGCACUUGGAGUACCUCCCCUAUUAGACAAAAUUUAUUCCCAGUCUUUACACCCUCUAAUACACAUGAUUUUAAUCAAGUAAUCGCCGGACCUAUUUUACAACUUCUCAAAAAUCCCCAAACUUUUUGCCGUUUCUGAAAUAUCAAUUAUUUUUCCAGGUAAUCCAAGAAAUAGCCUACACUGGCGCCUCCAUUACUGGAGUCACCAUUGCCGCAAAUGAAGUCGAAAUUGGCAACAAAGCCCUCGAAAAGCUUGGCUGCAACGAGCGCUGCAAACUCAUCGAAGCAGACUGUCAUAAAAUGCCAUUCGAAGAUCAGAGUUUGGACUGCGCAUAUGCAAUUUAUGCACUCAAAUAUUUUGUGGAUUUGAAGCCAGUCUUGGAGGAAGUGAAAAGAUGUCUGAAGCCAGGAGGGAAAUUAGUGAUUUAUGAUCUGGUAAAGACGGACAAGUACGAUGAAAACAAUGAGGAACAUCGGUAAGGAAAGUUAUCGUAUUUUACAAAUUUUUUCGCUUCGGAAAGUUUGCAAAAUUUGUCAUAAAUGGCAUCUGCAAUGAAAAAUAACAAUCUUUUCGUUAUUGAGGGUUCCUUUUGGCAGAAAAUUAAUGCCGGAGGCCUAUGAAAGCGAGUUAUCAAUAAAUUUUUUCCAGUAAUUUUUCUAACAGGGGAAGUACUCCAAGUGCGACGCUCAGAUUUUCUUUAAAUUUUCCACACACGUCGGUCAUGAAAUAAGUAUCAAUUCCUGAAAGUUUUAGCUCGCGCUUUGCAAGAGCAGCCGAGAUAUUGAACGAUCUUUGCCACCGAGAGAGUACGCUAAACGCGGAGAGCGGUCAGAGAGAAACACGCUUUUUGCUCAUAACUUCGCUAGUUUCGUGCGGAAAAAAUUUAUUUUUUUGUGAAAACGUUACCCUCUAUGGUAGAAACAGACAUGAAACUUUUCGUGCCGAAAUUCGGUAAAAAAUGUCAAAUUUUCGCCAACUUUCGAUCUAAAAAUCUCGGUUGUUUCUGCAAAGCGCGAGCUAGGAUUCUCGCAUAUAGCUUAGAAAAAAUUAUUCUAAAUUUGUGCCAAGUUUCAUCAAAAUCUGAGCGUCGCACUUGGGGUACUUCCCUGUAAAUAAAGUGCGUAGACUUUCCCAUUUUUCCUCUUUUUUCACUGUGCAAUAGCUCUCGUCCCUUCGACUUUUAAAAUGCAAAGUGCGAAAGUGAAAUGCACAGUGAAAAAAGCUUUGUGGCAGAAAGUCUAUGCACUUUAUGGAACGACUAGUAAUAUGUUUUUCUUCUGUCAUUUUUUAGUGACAUUGCAACCUGGGGCUCUAGGGAAACCGAACGGAUUUUUUUGUCAGCAUUUUUUUCUGAUCGGCUGGAAAUAUAAUAUUUUUAAUUUUUUGUCUCACCCGCCGCUAAAAACCCGUUAGAUUUUCGGUCUACCCGUAUUUUACAAACUCUUUUUUAUUUUGAAAAGCUAAAAAAAAAAUUUUUUGAAAUUGAAGAGUUUUAUUAAUUUUGGAAAACGUAAUUAAUCCGUAUUUUACAAAAUUUUAAGUCACCUUUUGAAAUUUUCAUAUUCUUAAAAAAAAAAAAAAAAUAAAAAAAAAAUAAAAAAAAUUUCAAAUUUUUUUUUCCAGAAAAAUCGUGGAAGGCCUGGAAUUUGCCUGUGGAAUGCCCUCACUUCACCAUCGCUCCGAGAUGGUUGACAAAUGCGCUGAAGUUGGGCUGCAACUCUCGAAUUCGGUCAAUUUAUGCGAAGAGACCGGGAAACCGUACCACUACUGUUUUUCCCACUCAAAAUUCUUCAUGUGGUUGGUCACUUCGAAGACAAUUUCUACACUGAUCAAAACCACACAGGCGAUGAGAAUCCUGCCUAAAGGGUUUUACAAAUUCAACAAGACUUUUCUGCGCGGAACCGUCUCCAAAAUCGUGGCUGGAGGCAAAAUGGGAAUCCUGGAUGGCGGAGAGAUUUUGGUUUUUACUCGAGAAUAA